GACUCAAAUCUAGUGAUAAAAAUAUUUUUUAAAAAAUCGUAAGGAUGAUGCGAAUGGCCUUUUGGUGGGGCUCCGACCUGGGAGACUUUUUCUUUCCUGGAUUGACUAUAGAGACAUCUGGUGCUAUGGUCGGCGUUUGCAUAUGUUUAGCUGUACUGGCAUAAUAUAUGAAAGUCUGAAGGUUAUAAAAACAAAAUUGCGAAUGCGUGCAGCUAGAGAAACUCGAAUACCUGGUUUACCUGCAGGACCAUGCCAGAAUGAAAAUUCACAACUAUUAUCGUCGUCGAGAAGCAGAUUUACGAUACCGGAUUGUCAAACUGUGAAGAGCCUCCUUCGAGAGUUGUCCCUUCACCUCCUCGAUGGAAUUCUGGGAUAUGCAGUAAUGUUGUCGGUGAUGUUGUACAAUGGUUACAUGUUCAUUGCGGUCAUAUUGGGAGCAGCAAUCGGUCAUUUCGUCUUCGGUUACAUGUCUCGAAAGAUUAAUAUGGAAAAUGUACAGGCCAGGACUACGACUUCGCUUUGUGUAUCGACAUGUCCUGAUCAGGAGUCAUACUCGUCCGUCGAAGUGAGCAGAUCUGACAAUGGAGCAAGAAACCGAUCACCACACACUUCCACGGAAAAUAUUUAAUCGAAUAUAAAAGAUCAAAGUCAAAUCACAAAAUUUGCUUGCCAAA